AGGAGGAGGAGCAGCAGCGGAGCACGCCCGGCGCGAUGUGGCAGCGGUCGGUAUGCGUGGGCCUGCUGGCCCUGGCGCUGGGCUACCUGUGCGUGCUGGGCCCCGAGCUGCCCCCCGCGGCCCUGCGGCAGCUCUCAGCCUCGCUGCUGGGCACGCUGCGUCGCGCCCGCUCGCUGGAGGCGCGCACGGUGGCGGCCUGGCAGGCGGCCAUUGUCCGGCCCGCGCGCGGCUGGGCGCGCGUCGCCGUCGGCGUCAAUGCCUGCGUGGAUGUGGUUCUGUCUGGGGUGAAGCUGCUGGAGGCGCUGGGCUUGGAGCCCAGUGAUGGAAAGAACCAUGCAGUCCUGAACUCCAGGCAGGACCUGAGAGAGGCUUUUGCCCACUUCAUGGAGAGAGGGGCGGCUGCUGAGCGCUUCUUCAGCGAUGCGGAGGCGUUCCAGGCCAUCGCACGGACAGCCUCAGAGCACCCUGCGGCACAGCUUUACGUGGGAGGAAAUGCUGCUCUCAUUGGGCAGAAGCUCGCGACAAAUCCGGACCUGAAGAUCCUCCUUUGUGGCCCAGUUGGUCCCAAACUCCACGAACUGCUCGAUGACAACGUGGUUGUGCCGCCUGAAUCCAUGCAGGAAAGAGAUGAAUUCCAUCUUAUCUUGGAAUAUCAAGCAGGUGAGCAGUGGGGCAAAGUCAGAGCACCCGCUGCCAACCGCUUCAUCUUCUCCCACGACCUGUCCAACGGGGCCCUGAACAUGCUGGAAGUGUUUGUGUCCAGCCUGGAUGAAUUCCAGCCAGACCUGGUGGUGCUUUCAGGACUUCACAUGAUGGAAGGGCAGAGCAAGGAGAUGCGACACAGACGACUCAUGGAGGCUGUGGCCUCCAUCUCUGAUAUCCCAACCGACAUUCCCAUACACCUGGAGCUGGCCAGUAUGACUGAUCAGGAUUUUAUGAGCAACAUUAUGCAUCAGCAGGUCUUUCCCCUGGUGAACUCCAUUGGGCUGAAUGAGCAGGAGCUGCUGUUCCUCACCCAGUCUGCUUCUGGUCCCCAUGCCUCUCUGGCCUCCUGGAGUGGCAUUCCUGAUGUUGGGGUGGUCAGUGACAUCCUCUUCUGGAUCCUGAAGGAGCACGGCAAGACGGCGGAGCGGGCGUCAGACCUGACGCGGAUCCACUUCCACACCCUGGCCUACCACAUCCUGGUCACCGUGGACGGGCACUGGGGCAACCAGGCGGCGGCGGUGGCGGCCGGGGCCAGGGCUGCUGGCACCCAGGCCUGUGCCACCGACACCAUCGACACCAGCAAAGUCUUCCUCAAAGCUCCUCUGGAGUUCGUCACCUCCCACACAGAGGCACCAUCCAAAAUCUCCCUCAAUCCAGACAAGCCUGUGGUGCACUGGCACAGGGAAGGCAUCUCCUUCCACUUCACCCCUGUGCUGGUGUGCAAGGAUCCCGUCCGGACCGUGGGACUCGGGGAUGCCAUUUCAGCCGAGGGACUGCUCUAUUCCGAAGUGUAUCCUCAGUAGAAUACCAGGACCCUCCUUCUCCAGCACUGCACGGUGUCUGAGACCCCUGGAUUGGGAUUUGAAGCAGUGGUGGUAUAGGAACAGAACCAGGGUGUGGUGUGUUUUCUGAGUAUGACUGAAAAAGAGCCAAAGAAUAAUUCCAGGUAUAGACUGUCAGCUACAUUCCAGUCACUCCGCAGUGACUCGAGCUCUUCACAUGCAGGUCAGGUGCAGAUGUUUUGAUAUUUAAUGUGAAAAUGGGCUUUGUCUUAAGGAGGAGGGACACAAAGACCAAAAUCCCUGGCUGGCAGGGUUUGCUGUUCAGAGUGGAUGUUUUCUGAUAGUGCUGGAAAGUGCAGCAGCACUUUCCUGCCCCUGAAUCCCAGGGAGAGCACAACAGUGCCCAGCCCUGCCUUGCCUCUGGUAAAUUUAAAAUAAAAGGUAUGUGGGUUAUCUCCUCCCAGCACAUUGCACAUUUUGCUUGGGGUGAGGAUGGAAUUACUGCCUGGUGCAAUCACCUCUCUGUGUUCAGCCCCAGAGGGAGCCACGGUCCCAAAAUGUGACAGACUGAACCUACUCCAGGCUGCACAGGUGAUUCUGGAUAUCUGUGACUAAAGGUGUUCAACUGAGUCCCAGCAGCCUGUGCUUAGUUUUUAGGAAACAAGGAGUGAAGAUAAUCAGGGUUUCUGUUUGGGGGACAGCUCUGUUUGGGGAACCCCCAAACCAUUCCCUGUGUUUGCUGUGGACUGAACACUUUGCCAACAGUGUAUUACAGAAAAGCUCUUGAGUGCUGGAGACUCAUUUUUGGUUGUUUGAGAAUGGUUAUGCCAAAUUCUUCAGUCUCCCUGCCUUCUAUUAGGAAAGGUUAAUACAGAAGGUCCCUCUGGAAGCUCAAAAGCUGCAACAGCGUUUUCCAGGUAAGGCUGAAGUGAGAAGGCCAUUUUAGGGUUUGAUGCUGGGGGUCAUUGACUAGGUCACUGAUAGUUGCUUUGCUCUGGCCUUUGAAAUUAAAAAAGCAGAACCAUGUGUCCUUGUUAAAUACUUUGCUUCUAUUUUUUUACCUUUGCACAGUCACACACUGAGACUUGCAGAGCACCAGCAUGGUUUUCUCUUUCCAGCAUGGUUUUGUUUCUUCAGGAAACUUGGAGUGUAUUUGCAAAGCUCUCAAGCCAGUUUUCAGAACUGGGUUAAGUGCAAUCAGCAUGUUUGGGCAAGCCUGUGCCUUACCAGAGCUUGGUGGAGGUUGUUCCAGGUCAGUCUUUGCACCUGAAUGGAGGGAGGAGAGUGUGUGUCACUCAGGGUGGAGUGAUCUGUUGCUGUAACACUGUCAGGCUGCUGUCAGUGGCGUGCUCUGUUGGGAAAAGCCAUCCUGGCUGCUCUGCAAGGAUGAAAGUUGGCAGCUGUUGUACUUGUACUGACUCAGCACACAAUGCUGUCAUGUGUAUUCAGCUUUCCCCUGAGCAGUCUUCUGUGUUGUACAGAGCAGUCAAUGCUGCAUUUUCCUGCAGCUCAGCCCACCCUGAGCUUCCCUUGAGUGUCAGCAUUUUAUCCAGGUGCAGGAUCUUAAGACUGGAGGCAUUUCUACCCAGAUUAUUUUUUAUUAUGAUGAUUAUUACUACUAUUAUUAUCGUUGGUAAACUGUAGCCCAGGACUUGGAGUUCUGGUUUAGUCUUCCUAAACUGAAAAGAAAUUAAAAGACCCUCUCCUUUAGGCUCAUUUAGAGGUCCAAGUCUUACACUGUGGAUUCUCAGCCUGGAAACAAAAGACACACAAGCUGUCACCAGCAAUGGCCCUGCUGCUGUAUUUCACUUCUUUCUUCCCAAAAGAAUUCCAGGGAUGAUGUGAGGCUGCUGGGACUGACAUUCCUUAUGGCUACCUAGAAACACAUGACUGCACCUACAGCCCUUGUCCCAGAGUCAGAUGUGCUUGUACUGGACAGGAACAUGGCAGGCUAAAAUUAGCUUUUUAAAUCUGAGUCAAUAAAUGUUGUAAAGAAUCAUUUAAAAGGAGCUUACUGCUUAGGAAUCAUCUGGGCCAAAAAGUUGAACUGAUAAUUACUGUUAUUUCCUUCUUCCUGCUGCUCCUCACAGGUAAACAUUUCUGCUGCUGCCCCUUCUGGGUGUGCUGGGAACACCUGGCAUGGUGAGUCCCAGCUCUAAUCCCAGCAGCUCAGCAUGGUCAGGCUGCUGCUCUACCAAAAUUGCUUUAUCAGGCACACAGAACUCAUCUGUGCCCAAAGUCACUUAGCAAGGGGAAUCCUUAACCACCAUGACCUCAGCUGUGCCAGUAGCAUCCCUGAUUAAGUUGUGGAACAAUCUAUAUGGUAAUAAAUCUGAAUUGAAUGGAGGGGCCCAGCAGCCUUUGCUUUGUUUCACAUGCUGUGAACAUGAUGUGCUUAACUUCCUUCUGCCUUCCCAAAUUAAUGACAGGGAGGCAGAGCUGAAAUCCUUCUCCUGCAUCUCUAGUCUCACACCUCUGCACAGCUACACUAGUGACAACAAAGAAAAGUUGCUUCAACAGCUGCAAAAAUACUAAAGCUUCAAAAACGGGCUUGAGCUGACCCUGCUCCUCCUCAUCUUCUGUCUCUACAAAUUUGUUUUCCUAUGUUGCAUGUACCUUGAAAUCCACAGUGAUGGAUGAGUCAUUCUCGAAGCAGGGUUUGCACUGGAAAUGUUUAUUCACAGAUUCUGCUGGAGAUGCAGCAGCACAGCUCAGCACUGUGACAGCUCUCCAUGUUAAAACCUGUGCAUGUUGGUUUUUCCACCUGUGUGUUCCUGCAGCCACCUUGUCUUGGGUUAAUUUUGUAUUAUCCAUGUUUUCUGUGUACAGCACUUAUUAAGGGUCAAGUGCUGGAUUAUUUGGGAGGAGUGAAUUACAGGGGGCUGGGAGACUGUCAGAGGACACAUUCCUUCUCCACUGUACCCUUGGUGCUGGGUCAUGGAAGAGCCAAUCCCAAAUCCACCUCUUGCCAGUUUAAAGGCUCUUUAUCUUUGUUCCUCUCCAGGGGAGUUUCACAGCAUUACUGAGAAUUACUUGAUUUUCUUGUGUUUCCUGGUUAUCUCUUGUUGGGAUGUGUGAGAUCCAGUCAAGUUUGCCCUCCCUUCCUAAGUUCAUUUUACAGAACAGGUGCUGAAAUGUUCUUCCUCAGCCUUUAGCAAAGACUUCAUUAACUGCUUUGUGCUAGAUGUUUUAGAGCUUGGCUCAGCUCCUUAGCCACUGGAAUCCAAAGCCUGGAAAGCAGCAGAGUACUAAAUCCAUUCCAAAACCCAAUGGAAAAUUGUCAGCAGUUGUGCUUGGCUUCUUUUUUUACUAUUUAUUCUGCAAUGAUACACUGAAUUAUCAGGAUUUGUGUGCCGUGGGGUCACCUUUCCAGACAUGUCCUGAGGAAAUAGUUGAACAAUGGGAUAGUUCAGUGAAAUGGUACAACAGAACUUUAUUUCCAGUUAUCUUAGAAUGUUGGUUUGGAGGUUCUUUUGGAGCUUGCAGCUUAAGUGAAAGCUGAGGGUUUUGAGUGAGUGAACAGCUGAAGUGUCUCUGUGCCAGUAUUGCCUCCAUGCAAUCUGUUCCAGAGCAGUGCUGGCACAAACUUGUGUCACACAAUUGCUGCCUGGCUAUUCCUGGGCUAAGGAACCUCAGAGAGUUGGGGAGAACAGGAGAAAACCAGAGGAAAAUACUGGGUCUGAGUAACCUUUGCAGUAAAACUUGGAUCUCAAAGCCAGGAGUGCUGGUUCUGCCUGUUGGAGAUGCAGGAUGAAGUUCUCUUUUACUCCAGAGCAGUUUCUCAUGUGGUAUUUCAGCUGGAUCUAGGUGGAAUGCUCAGAGUCACUGAUCCAGACUCUGGUGGGAGGAUGUUCUCUCAGCAGAGGAAAGGUGCAGGGUGGAAAUAGCACAUGGCCAUUCCUUCUUGUGCCAGGAGCUCUGUUCCCAACAGCCUGGGAUCAGUCUGUGCUCAACAGCUCUCACAGCAGCUGAGGGACACAAAUGAUGGUAGCAAUUAUUCCAUUAAAAUGCAAAGGGAGGCAAUGGAAAAAAUGCCCUAAAAACCUCCCCUGCAAAUUUCUCAGGAAAGCUGCAGACUGCAUAAAACUGGGUUCAGAUCUCACCUGUGUCUUCCAUUAAAAACACAGAUUUUUUGGAGCAGUGUGGUUAGAGGGAGUGGUAAAGAUUUCCUUGUAGCAGAACUGGGUUUUCUCUUCUAGGAAAGUGUUGGCAGAUGGAGUACUCGUUAUAACAUGGACUCUUUCUGAAUGCUUAUUACUCUAGUAAAGUUUUCCCCCAUUCAGCACUGAGGCUUGUCUGUCUCUGCAGAAGAGCUUUGCCAACUGAAACCCACUCCCCAACUGGGAAAUCUAAAUUCUGAACAGCUUUAAGGCCCCCACAUCCACCUUGCUCAGUCACAACUAAGCAAACAAGUACAGGAGCACAGCAUGUACCCACUAAUACUGCCUGUACCAUAAAUCAGCAUCCAGUUGUCUCAGGGAUUUCAACACCACAUUUUUUGGGUUGAACACACGUUGCUGGAUAGACAGAUCAUUACUCUUGGCUGGAACAGGGUCUUGCUGCACAGGCAUUGAUGCUUGAAAGUCUUUUAGUUUGGUUCCUGUGCAAAAGCCAAGAUGCAAAGUAUCUUGUGAGCUCUCUUUUACCCUGUUUAGCACAGACCUUUCCCUAAAAAAGGAGAAGUCCUAAAGCAGAUGGUUUCUGCUUCCCUCGAAAUUAAGCUCAUGAUUCUUUUCCGUUAAGGGAGGUGGGGAAAGAGGAUUCCAAUUAUGGCUGAUGCCAGAAACAGGUUUUGGAACAUAAGGUGUGAUUUCCAAAAUCCCUAAAUGCCUCAGUGCAGUCCUGCUGAAGAAUCCCUUACUUAAUUCCAGCUGAAAGAGCAGUCCAGCCUCAUUACCAUUAGCACAAAAAUGCUCUCCAUAAAGAUCCCAGGAAUUUACUGCAUGCAAAUGCCACCAUUACCAUGCUCAGGGGAGGAAAGGGGACAGGACAUGAAUUGCAGCUCUAUUUAUUAUCCAACUGGAAUUACAUAUUUAAAAACACUCCCUUAGACAUGUAGCUCCCAGGAAGUAUGAAGGUGCUACUGCUUCAUUUCAUAGAAGAAUUGGUUCACUGUUGCAUAAGCUUUUCACAAAAUAUGUAUUUAAAAUAACCUCCAAGUGCAUAUGUGCUCCCUGUGUGACAUUUACCUCAUCAAAGCAUCCUAGGACAAAAAUCUGCCUUGAAUUAAAGUUUUGGGGCUGAAGUGAAGAAUUCCCAGCCCCUGCCCACCCCUGCUCUGCAAUCCUCACCUCUUCUUCCCAGGAACUCUGUUAGGCUUCAGUAUAAGAAGUUAAAUGUGAAUAAAAAUCUGCACUGUAUUUGACUGA